AUGGGCGUCUUUGACAGCCUCGACGCAGGCGUUACAAGCCUGUUUGGUCAGUGGAACGGCUACUCAACCGGUCUGAUAACGCUAUUGCUUCUCGUUGUCUCAUACCGUAUCAUUUCCACCCGCGACCCCGAUGUGCACCCGAUGCUCUUAGCCCGCCAGGCUGUCCCAUCUUCAGUCCGAAACGAGGGAGAGAGUCCCAUCUACAGAUCUCAGGCUGCUCCUCAUGGCAUGCCGCUCAACACCGGUCUCAAUGUGAAGGAUGCCGGAGCUUCAAAGUGGUCUCGCGGCCGAAAUGGAGACUUGAGGGAUGUCUGGAGAAAGGCGGCUGAAGGUGGUGAGAACGGUGCCAAGGGACAGAUCUUGACUGUCCUAGGCUCCCGAAACGUGGUUGACCACAAGCUCGAUGACAUCACUCGCCAGAUCAACCUCAUCGGUCAGCACGUUGUGGAAGCUGGUGGUAGCAGAGUUGCCAUCUACUUAUCAAACUCGAUCGAGCUUCUGGUGACACUUUUCGCUUGCAGCUUUUACCCCAACCUCACAGCUAUCUUGAUUCCUUUCGAUGUCUCCAACGAUGAACUCGUUUCGAUGCUGCGUCGCUCCACUGCCGAUACCUUAGUCACGGCUCCUGGCGCAUUCCCCUUCGACGCUGUAAUCCAAGCAUACCCAUCUCUUCGACAGCUUAUCUGGGUUACGGAUGAAGGAAGUAACCACAUGGACUGGAAUGAGGUGCCUGAAGGCUCCGGGGGCAACAUGAACGUCGCUACUUGGCAGGAUAUCCUCCGUGACUCUCCAGCACAUGCUGCCACCGAUCUACCAGCUGUUGACCUUGAGAAGACUCCUUCCGAUGUUGUAACUUUCUGGCAAAAUGGGCCUGGAGAAGUCGAGGAGAUGGUCAGUUUCAGCCAGGCCAACCUCGUCUCUGCCAUUUCCGCCCAACUUGCAGCCGUCCCGACCAAGGAGCGCAUCAACCCGUCCGAUCUAUUCUUGCCUGCUGAUUCUCUCACCAAUGUUUAUACCUUGGUACUCACAUUAGGUGCUCUUUUCUCAAAUGCCUCUCUUGCGCUGAACUCGGUUGCCGGUAAGUCACCGGACCUGGUUCUUGCAACUCAGGGGGUUGCUCCCACGGUUUUGGUAGCCAGUCCUGAGACACUUGUCAAGACACACGAGGAGUCCACAUCUAAGCUGGGCUCUGCAUUGGCCAAUGCUUCGCAUGUCAUGUCCACACGCUCUCUGGCUUUGGAGGGGGUUCACUCCACAUCUAACUUCCUUUCUGGCUUCUCCUCCAGCGCAUCCCCGUCAUUUGGCACGUCUCCAGGAAAGCUACGUCUGGUAUUCGUUGCCGAGCGCGCUGGUUCUGACAGCCCUCUCUUGUCCGCGAACGUCCUGUCGGAUCUGCGCAUUUUCACAAGGGCGAGAGUUGUGUAUGCUUUAACAGCGGCUAAGGUUGCUGGAGCCAUCAGCCAAACUGCUUUCUACGACUAUCGACUCCCAACCGAUGCCAAAACACACUUUGGCCCACCGCUGACCAGCGUUGAGUUGUUCUUAAAGGACGCUGGUGCCCACAAGACUACCGAUAACAAGAUCGAGGGUCAGAUUAUGGUCAGAGGACCUUGUGUGGCAGGGGGAGAGGUCAGUGUCGGAAUACCUGGAAAGAUUCGACAUGACAACACGCUUGCUUAUGUCUGA